AUGUCAUUCAAAGCAGACGGACCCAAGACUCGUCCUGAGCGAGUAAAACCGCCGCCAUCUUCUCCUCCGACAGAAGCGCAUCCCAAUCCGCCAUCAUGGUCCCGCCGCUCCUCGACCUCGUCGACCACCUCGUUCCACUCCGCCCACUCAGUACAGCAGGACCGCUUCUCCCCAGCAGAGGAGUCUCGCAUGGUAUCGCUCUCCAACGACCUGAAAUCACAGGCAAACACUUUCUUCUCGCGUCAAGAUUACGAGUCCGCAAUCCAGACCUAUGACCGCGCGCUGGCAGAACUGCCGCGGUAUCUGGACUACGAGAUGGCAGUGCUACAAAGCAACAUCGCAGCUUGCCACUUGAAGCUUGAACAAUGGAAAGAUGCGGUUGAGAGCUGUGAAAGGGGUUUGGACGGCUUGGAACGAGAACUGCCGACGAAGAGAAAAGAGAAGACGAAGAAAGGCACAAAGAAGAGCACUGCUGGCGCGAAGGGAUCGUCGUCGGGGAGACACACCAAUGGCAAGAGUCGAGCCGGGCGGUUAAACUCAGACACUGAGUCGGAAGACGAAGGAGCGCCGCCAUCGCGGUCUACAAACCAGGGGAAGACCGGGGAACAAGACGACACGGUCGUCGAACUGCCUUCGGACGAGGAGGACGAAUCUGCCGCGCUGAAAAAUCUCCAGCUCUCAGACUCGAGGAAAGCAGACAUCACGCGGAUCCGGGUCAAGCUUCUGCUGCGCCGCGCCCGCGCGAGGUCAAACCUGUCCAUGUUGCCGUCCUCAAAAACUUCAGCCCUCUCAGACCAACCCACCCCACCUUCAAAAGCCUCCUCCACACCCGGCUCGACCUGGUCCAACCUCGGCGCCGCGUUGGAAGACUACAAGACCCUCUCCUCCACGCCGCAGUACUGGGAGACCCUGCCUGCGUCGGACAAGAAGACCGUCCGUGACGCACUGGUGCUCCUCCCGCCCCGGAUCGAAGAGGCCAAGCAGAAAGAAGUCAGCGAGAUGAUGGGCAAACUCAAGGAUCUGGGCAACGGCAUCCUCAAGCCGUUUGGGCUGAGCACGGACAAUUUCAAGGUCGUUCAGGGCGAGGGCGGCGGGUAUAGUCUGAGCUUUGACGGUGGAGGGGGGAAGAAGGCCUGA